AUGGCAGAGGUUACAACUACUAUACGCCAGGUUCAAAUCCAUCACCUUGUUACCUUGAAACAUACUGGUACUAAUCAUGUAUUGUGGAAGGCUCAGUUCAAGCCUAUACUGAAAGGCUAUGACCUAACAGGUUUUAUUGAUGGAUCAAAAGAAAAACCACCAAGAACUCUACCAGAAAGUGAGGCUGUUAAUCCUGCGUUCACUGCAUAUGAGCACCAAGAUUCUUUGAUCGUUGGUUUGCUUAAUUCUACCUUAACUCCUGAGGUUCUGAGUGUAGUUGCAGAACUUGAGACUGCACAAGAGAUAUGGGACACCUUGGAGUCUGAGUUUGCUCCAAAAAAAUUUGCUCACCAGAUGAAUUUAAAGAGACAGCUCCAUAAUCUGCACAAAGCCACUAGUGGAAAAUGGGUGUUUAGCAACCCACUUCAGAGACCCUCAUUGACCAUGGAGGCUGGAUUCUUAAUGGUUUUUUUUAAAAAAGAGGGUCAGAAGAUGAACUGGUACAUCAUUCAAAUGUUGCCGCUGCUGUUAGUAUCUUUCUCGGAUCGAGUUUUAACUGUGCGUGAAGCUUCUGUAUGUGCUUCUCAUGCAAAUAUGUCAACUUAUCUAGUGGUUUUAGAUGCCCUUGGAAAAGAGUACCUUGAGCACUUAUUAUCAAGUAUUAUUCGUAAUUGUUCUCAUCAGAGGGCAUCUGUUCGUGAUGGAUAUUUGACUCUUUUUAAGAAUAAGCUUGGGGUUUGGUAUACCAAAGCAGCAAACUUCGUACACUCGGUAUAUCCAUUGCUUGGUGUUCACAUAUCUCUUGUUAUGUAUGUAUUUAAUAGAAGGGAAGGCCUUCGGUAUAAUAGCCAUCCAUAUCUCUGA